AUGGAGUGCGGACCAAGGAUAGAGGAUGGUUCAGUUCGUGUCGAUGGCACCAAAUUAAACAAGGUGAACUGUUUCAAGUACCUUAGAUCCAAAGUGACUUCCACAGGCGACAUUGAUCAAGAAGGUCGAGCACGUGUUAAUGCGGCAUGGAUGAAAUGGAAAAUGGCAACAGGCGUACUGUGCGACAAGAAAGUCCCUGUUCGACUGAAGUCGAAGAUCUACAGGACGGCCGUGCGUCCUGUUGCCCUUUACGGAUGCGACUGCUGGCCGACAAUGAAAGCCUUGGAAAGAGUGUUGCACGCUAUGGAGAUGCGGAUGUUAAGGUGGACGAUAGGUGUAACGCUAAAAGAGAAAGUAUCCAACGACACUGUGCGCUCCAUCUUCGGUGUCGUCCCGAUAACUGAGAAGAUGAAGGAGCCCAACUGA